GUCAAUCAGCAAGGCGACUUAUGUGGGAUCAGUUUUCGGUCAUGUCAAUUUGCUCCAUGCAAAAGGCAGUUCCUCUGCGGAAGCCAACGAAGCAGGAAGCCACCAACAUGGCCACAUUCUCGUCUAGCGAUGAAUUUGACUUUAGUAAGUGGAACUUUCGAGAACGCAUCUGGCUGCACAAGCCCAAUGGUGAAAUCACCUGGAAAAUCAUCACUUUUCUGCCCCUUAUUGUCUUUGGUCUGUAUGGGAACUUCACCAUGGUGUAUCUGAUAGCCGCCAAUCGAUCCUUAAGGUCGCCCACCAACCUGAUUAUUGCCAACAUGGCAGUGGCCGAUCUGCUAACGUUGGCCAUCUGCCCGGCCAUGUUCAUGCUGAACGACUUCUAUCAGAAUUACCAGCUGGGCUGUGUGGGCUGCAAGCUGGAGGGAUUCCUGGUGGUGGUUUUCCUCAUCACAGCGGUGCUCAAUCUCUCGGUGGUCAGCUACGACCGUCUCACUGCCAUAGUGCUGCCCAUGGAGACCCGCCUGACCGUCAGAGGAGCCCAGAUCGUGGUGGUCUGCACCUGGUUCCUGGGUAUACUCCUGGCAUCCCCCUUGGCUCUGUACAGAUCCUAUAGGGUAAGACUUUGGAAGAACUUUACGGAGCGUUAUUGCAAGGAGAACACUAGCAUCCUGCCCAAGUACUGGUAUGUGCUAAUCACAAUUCUGGUGUGGCUGCCUCUUGGCAUAAUGCUGAUCUGCUAUAUAGCCAUUUUUUACAAGCUUGAUCGGUAUGAAAAACGCAUCCUGAGCCGCGAGAACCCAAUCCAAGUGAGCUACAAGCGCAGCGUGGCCAAAACCCUAUUCAUCGUUGUCGUGGUUGCUGUGCUCCGUCUACCCUUCACCAUUCUGGUAGUUCUGCGGGAGAAGUACUUCGCAGAGGAUAUCUCAGUGAGCAAUGUGCAACUCUUCUGGUACAUCUCUCAGUAUCUGAUGUUCCUCAAUGCCGCCGUCAAUCCUCUCAUCUAUGGGUUCAACAAUGAAAACUUCAGGCGAGCCUACUACCAAAUUUCUUGGGUCCGGCGCUGCAGAGAUGCAGCCAAAAUGAGUAAGAUUUCUGAUUCAUCACAGCAUUGUUGCUACUGCGCCUUUAUGAAGAAUGGUAAGCUGAAGAAGCCGGAAGGAGCAACCCAGCCGAAGGAUAGUGUCAACGAGGAUGUUAGCCAGGAGAUGAUCACUGAGGGGCCGACGGCUGCCUGUUCAACGGAGAUAGUUCGUGAGGAACCAGGUGAUAUUCAGGUGCCAGAAGUCGAUGCAGAUGGGUUUAUUUAGACAUUUGGUUAUUUUAAAACUCAUAUUGAUCUCUCUAAGACACUUUCCUAUAACCCAGUACAGCCUCCUAUACCACCGAAUAUAACCCCUUAGUUUUUGGUCUUUUAAAAGCUGCCUAGAGCACUUUAAAUCAGGGUUAAGCUACAAAGACAGCUGAUUGCACACUUAUCUCAGAGCUUUAAAAACCGUUUUCAUAUCUUUAGAAUAUAGUAAAAUAACAUCUGCAGACACGUGGCAAAAUUUAUGUUUUCUUACACGUUUCGUAUCGUUUACCUCUCAAUAAAUAUAUGUGUAAUGUGUC